AUGGCGACGGGAGGAGGGCAGCCACCGUCGGUGCUAGCGGCGGGUCUGCUGCUUUGUUGUAUGGCUACGUCAGCGGUAACAACGCUUAUGAUCCAUCUCUACCUUCACUCACCGGUUUCUUCUUCAAAAUCGGCUCCUGCGAGCCAGAAAUCCAAUUCGAAGGAGAGCGAGCAAGUCGCCGAUAAGGAGAAAGAGUCGAUUCCUGCUCUUCCAGUCAACACCUCGAUGAACAGCAAGCAGAUUCUGGAUCUACAGACGCUGGAGGGCUCGACAGUACCUUUUGCACUGCAAUUGGAUGCGUACUUCUCUCCUGACAAGCUGAAGGACUUCGACCAUGCGCGCCUCUUCGAUGGCUGCGGUAAUGUGCUGGCAGUCCUAGACGCUAUUCACCCGUACCUCGAUAAGUUCUUCGCGAAUAAUGCGUGGGUAUCCGUAUCGACCGUGGAGAAUACGCAGAUCACGACGUUGCAGAGCUCCACUAGACUCGACAGCGACGGACGAGGGUUUGCCGAGGAAGAGUCCGACUCUGAGGACAGCGACGACCCUCGCUCGUCAUAUCCACGCAUCAAAACACGCUGGCGCAUGCCAGAGUGGAUCGAUCCUAACGAGACGGCGGAAAUUGUCAUCUAUCCAGGAGUUAGAGCGCAAACAUUCGCCCCAGAGAAGGUAAUCAACCUUGAGGAGGGUGUGGGAAGGCAUGCGAGACGUCCUUCAAUUGAGAGCACAGGAUCAACAAGACGCGCGUCAUAUGGGUGGUCAAGAUCGUCGGUAUCACAAGAAGAAGAGGAGGAAGUGGAGAAGAGGAGGUUGAUAGUUCUGCCAGACGCACAUGUGCUGGGAGGCACGUUUGAUCUCUCGGAGGGGUCGAUUCACAUCGGCAAACACGUGCGAAUCGAGCCGAAUGUGUUUAUUAAGGGACCCGCAAUUAUUGGAGCCAGAAGCACACUGAGAAGCGGGACGUACAUUCGCGGAGAUGUAAUUGUUGGCCGGAACGUGGUGCUGAGAGGAGAAGUGAAGAACUCGGUGAUUCUCGAUGAUGCCGAGCUGUGCCAUCCAGGAUAUUGUGGUGACAGUAUCUGUGGCUUUAAAAGCCAUUUUGGCAAUCAAGUUACGACUGCGAACUUGAGUUUAUUCCCUGGUUCGAAUUUGACUAUCGAUGUGGAUGGUAUCACGUAUGAUACGGGUAGGAAGAAGAUGGGUGUCGUUCUUGGAGACGGAAGUCAAUUGGGCUGCUCGUCCGUCACGGAUCCCUGCACCUUGAUUCAGCGAAAUACGGUUGUAUACCCACUUACUCGACUACGCAAAAGUAUCUACGGGUCAUCUCUUCUCAUCAAGAACAAACCGAUGGAGAAAGGAGUGCUGGAGAUUGUUCCCAUCAGAGCACACGAUAACAUGAAAUAA